AUGCAUAAUAUUAGUGAGACUUUUAUUUCUCAACACUCACAAAAUCGUUUAAAACGCUCCUUAUUGACUUCAAACUAUUUAUCUGCCACUAUUCCCUCUUCCUUAUCAUUAUCACUACCUUCAACGGUAUCUUCAUACGAUUUGGACUUUGUUCGAGUAAAAAUUCAAGGAAUUAUAUUUGAUGUAAAAUUUCAACGUCCAGAUUACAAAUCAAAUGGUGGAUUACAUUUACGAAAUUUAAUGAAACCGUAUCAGCAUUUGCUAUUGGACCCUCAGUACACGGAACAAGUUAUUACAGCUUAUAAUCCACUGGUAAUGCAAAACCAAAUCUGUAAGGAAUUCGAACAUAAUCUAUCUGAUCAGCAUGUAGCAAACAGUUUCUUCAUAGUAAAUGAUGUUGGCGCACUUGUUGAUAGGCCAAUGCAUGACCGACUACACCGACUAUUUUUUCAAAUCACAUCUGCACUUGGAAUACCAAGUAUUACGUGGUUACCAACAGAGUGGGACAAUUUGAGUUGGAUGAUUCGCAGUUGGCUAUUCGCUUAG